AUGGCUGCUAUCAAUCUGGACUGGACUCUAACAAUUCAAAGGAAUGGGCCAAGCUUUGCCGACGAAGUCUCCUCCAAAAAGCAGCAUCAAGGAGAAUCCAGCCAGGUAACCCAAACAAGAAAGGAACGAGUUGGAUACCCAUGCUACGAUAGGCCGAAGGAAUGA